AUGGCGAGCCGCUGCCGGAUCUGUGUGGCUACCGGCGUCGACGGCCUCGCCAUGCCGGGCGCGGACGUCUGCGAGGCGCAUCAACCGUACAGCACGGCCUCGGAGGGGUUCACCACAGGUCUCACCCAGUCGUUGGACGAGCUCGCCAUGGGCAAUCCGGCGCAGACGGCGGCCGUGGCCGCCCCGCCGGGCUUGGGCGAUUCCGCGGCCACAGGUGGGCCGCUGCGUGCGGCUGGGGCGCCGCCGGCAGUGCCCCCGCUGGGGCGAGUGAUCUGGCUCCCCUCCACGUUCUUGUCGGACCUCGUCGAGACGGCCAUUCUCCACCAUUUCGACGUCAUCCAGGCGGCGUCUAUGCUCAACGGCGGCUCGGUCGGUCUUGCACCCAAGGACAUGCAGGCUGGUUGGGACGCUGUGGUGUCCGCUCUCCGCUCCCUCGCCUUCGACCCCGACGCGGUGGACGAGUGGCACUGCUUAGGCAUUAUUCCGGCGUCCGGCCCGAAGCCCUCCGAGCUGUUGAUUGAGCAGCGCUACGUUAUAGCAGCGACGCUUGUCUCCCUCUCUUCCUGUUCCUCUUGGUCUGAAGCCGACAAGGCCUUGGCAGAUGCCUUCCAGGAGCGGUUGGAGAAGGCAAGGGAGGCUUGCCUCGCUAUGCUUCCAGGUGGGUUGGUGUGCUGGGCCCCGUCGGAUGCUUCGACGCUUGGCCGCCUCAGGGAGUCGUACAUGCAGCACGCUGCCGAAGAUCCCCGUCCCCGCACGCUUCGCCUACUUGUUCCGCUGGACACCCUUCCGGGCAGCUCCUCGGCCACCAGCAUCCUCGACUUGUGGACCCACCCGCUGCUGCAUGAUAAAUGGAAGCCUGUGAUUCGCAGCAUCGAGUUCACCUCCCAGGCCCUGGAGAUCGUGCAAUCUGGUGCCGUGGCUCCCACUACUUCUUCUCGCACGCUCAUGAUAGCCACGGUGUCCGCCUCUGCACCCUUUGUGGCACCGGGUGUCCGCUCAGUGGCGCUGCCUCUCUUCGACCUCGCUCGCGGCCGUGGCAUUCGCGUGGACUGUUUGGUCUCCGACCUCAUUGUGGUCAGGCGUGCUAUGUCCGUGGCGCUCGCUGGCAGGCCCGUGCGCUGGACGGAGCCAAUGCGCAGCCCAGGUUCGACGCCCACCUUGACGCGGGUCUUCUUCACUGGCUAUUUCCCUGUGGGAGCAGUCUCGGCCCUGGACGUGAAAAUGCUCAUCUCCAUCCUCCGCAACACCCACGUCCCAGCGACGACCCUCCUGGCUUCGGAGGACGUGUUCUCGGACAGUGGGGCGGCGAUCUUGGAGUUGACUGACCCGGCAGCGGCCCUCUCGGUUGUGCCACUCUGCGACGACAUGGCCUUCGUCACCAGCAAGACGCUUACUCUCCGUACCCUGACGACCGUGGAGGUGUGGCAGGAGAAGCUGGAGAGCAUGUUCGCUACUGAUCCGGCUUGCUUCGCCUCCAAGCUUCGCUGGCGGCGGUCCCGGAAUGGAGGUCGCACCAUCGCGCAGCCCGAGGCCACGCAGCGCCAGCUGCAAGCAUCGCGACGGAUGGCGAUGGCGCCCUCGCCCUCGGACCGUUCGCAGCAAGCGGAGGUCGUCGUCCACGGCAGCAUGGGGUAUGACCCCCGGCAGGUUGAACUCCAGGUUAUCCAGGUGCUCGCUUCCAAUGGGGUGGUCUUGCGCGAGGGAGUCGCUACGUCGACCUCAACAGCUGGAUUCUGGUACUCUGGGGCAGCCCCGGCUUCCUCUGGAGCGGGCGGACGUCUUCGCUUGCAUUUGACCUCCACGGAAGAGCUGGGGAAGGUUCGCGAUGCCCUCCACGACAAGGCCUUCCAGCUGGGCUCCGAGAUGGUCAGCCUGACGGUGUCCGACGAUGCCUCCCUCGCAGAGCAGGCAAAAAACGGCCGGAGGGGGGUGCGCCGGCAGGCCGCCCCCCCAAGCGCCGACGGCGCAGCCUGA